UUCACUACACACGACACUAGUCGUCGCCUUGUGUUUCUUGUUGGCUGCUGCUGCCAUUCCAGUCAGUAUUCUAGGAGCUAUCCUUUCUGGUUAGAGGUUGCCCUCGUCUUGCCCAGCUGUCAGGAAGUCCGAUCGGCACAAGGAUCCGGCGUUUCAAGCCCACGCCCGCCUCUGCAAGCUAACAAAUCUCACUGAUCGAUCCUGAUGGCGGCAGAAAAAGCCCAUAUCGCUGCUGCUCACCUCUCCCAGCUACACGAUCCAGCCCUGUUCGCACAGCCGGCUUCUUCAGCAGUCACCACGACAUCGGAGGACCUGGCUCCGUUGUCCGUGCCCUACUCUGCGGGUGGCGAGGAGGGCAGCCAGAAGAAAACUGGUGGAGCAGGUCGUCUCCUGCAAGCAUUUCGAGUGAUGAGCACCGAGUUUGUUCCGCAGGGCAAGGAACCCGACGAGGACGAGGAGUACCUGCCGCCACGGCGCAAGACGAAACGCACGCACUCCGAGCCGGCGGCGGCGUCGUCGUCGUCAUCCAGUCGUGCAAGAAGUCAGAAGCGCGCGCCGCGUGCAAGCAACUCAACGUCGUCGACGACAGCAGGCGGUGGUGGCGAUCAGGAAGACGGAGAGUGGAGCCGCUAUGACGACAACGGCGUCACGCGCUAUCGCUGUGAACUGUGUGGAAAGCUAUUCAAUAACCGCAGUAAUCUGCUCCGUCAUCUGCCCAACCACUGGGACAAGAAACCGUACGAAUGCGCAGACUGCGGCAGAGCAUUUCCGCGCCGUGGCCAGCUGAUGCAGCACAUCCGCUCUCAUCAGGACGAUUUCCCGUUCAAGUGUCCGAGCUGCACAAAGAGCUUCAAGUGGAAGCAGAGCCUGCGACGCCACCACUGCAACCGCAGCUACGCCCAUCUGUCACGUGACAUCCACCACCCACGUUCCAACGCCACGCCGGCACCGCCUCCGAACGCGCGCUACCUGCAGAGCCUCAUCCCGAUUGAUGCGAUUGAUACAGCACUCUGAGACGUUGCGUGUUGUAUGCAGUCGGCAUUGUAUUGGCCCGCCUCGAAUCUUCAAGCGGCUCUUCGCCUGGCCACUUGAUCACCACAUACAUACACCUGCUGUUCCCUCAGCCACAUAAGAAUAAGCCGCCCGAUGCAGCUGGCAUUGCGUUUCGAAGCAGCCGAGCUGCAUGUCAGUCCAGCAAGCAGCAUCAGCGAUGAUUAGCACCCCGCGCAAACAAGGCAGCUGUCCACAGUGAUCGUAACUGGCUUGACGAUCAGGUAACGUGCGUUGUCCGGUCGACAUGCAUCCUUCAGCUUGCUACUGUGAUACCACCCAGGUCACGUAACACUUUCGGACACAUCGGCGUAAAGAUUCCGUCAUACAAGAUCAGCUUCACUCGCGGAAACCUCGACAGGGUCAAGGCCAACGCCCCCAAUCAUAAGUAUUUGACCGAAAAUCCGAUCACGCAGCAGUAUGCUAUACUAGGUACAAUAGAACUAUACUUGGUGUCAUUAUUAUGAAAUUUUUACAAUUGAGAAACAGGGGCCAGGUUUCUGGAUGAACGCUUUGGCAUAGAAGCUUUGAUAUGAAUAGUUACGAUAUUAUUUGGUCGCUGGACCUUGGCCUAUUUGUGGAGAGAGAGAGAGAGAGAGAUAGAUAGAGAUAGAGAUAGAGAUAGCAGCAUUGAACACAUUUUACUGAGAAUCAGCAUCUUCUUGUAUUGACAGCAUUGUAGUUAUUACUGUUAGAGAUGGUGUGCAGAGGCUUCUUCCUGCCCCAUUCAUUGCUCCGUGUCAUCUUUGGAAUGACAGACAUUCGAGCCCGAUCGUGUAUAGAAACAAAACUCAACAACAUUGUCGUAUUUCAAGUCGUGUUCUGUCCCGAGUCUGAAGCGUCGCUGAGCAACAUCUUCAGAGCUACCGGUAUCUAUGGUCGAUGUAUCUCCUUCUACACGACUACAUGCACUAUCUGUCUUAUCUGUCAUCAUUUCUUUGAUUUUCAUCCGCUGUCCCGUUGUGUCCGUGCAUCUUGCACUUGUUUUGUGAAGAACAAAAAUAAGAAAGUGCA